AUGCUCUUCAUGUCCACAGAGCUGAAGCAGCAGCUGACUGAGCAGCAGCGACUGCUGUUUGAACUACAGGACUUUUUUCGGCGGCGUGCGGACCUGGAGCUGGAGUACAGCAGGAAUCUCGACAAGCUGCACAAGUCGCUCAGCCAACGGCACAAGGAUCUGAAACAGAGACGAGACCAAGCGCACCUCUUCUCGUCGUACAGCUGCUGGCAGCAGCUGAUCCAGCAGACGCGCCACGAGUCGCGUGACCGCGCCACCAUCGGCGACGUCUACUCCACCGUGGUGCCGCAGAAGCUGGCGCGGCUCGGCGACGACCUGCUGCGCGUGCACAAACGGUGCCGUCAAGUCUGCACGAUUCUCAUGAAGAGUUGUUGA